GUACUCCGGAACAUCGACAAGUCAUGCACACAGCGGAUAUAAUUAUAUACACAUAUACCAGCUUAACAAUUCACAAGUCACGUGACUUAAAAACGAGGAAGUUUAAAACCGUAUACAAUAUAACAUUGUGGGUAAAGGCCGAGAAAAGACAGGCAGUGAUAUUGAUGUUACUUCGACAACUUUCCUAAAGGAUUUGAGCGCAUUACAGGAGCAAGAUGAGUCUGCCCGCAGGCGUAUAUGACGCCUUCCGCGAAAAUGGCGCCCCGACCUACUAUGGUCCCAACCAGACGGCGUUCAUGACAGACGUCCUCGAGGCUGGCCUUAUUUUCGCCUUCAUUAUCCUCGCCAUUUCGUUCUACGUCGUCUUGCCUGGAAUCAGAGGAAAAGAGCGAAUCUUCGCUUUCAUUCGAAUCACGUCGUUUUUGUUCAUUGGAGCCGUUAUACUACUGACCAACUUCACGUAUGACUGGGAGGUAUCUGAAAUCGAGGAUCUGACCACGAAGUACAAAGCGGGGUCCAAGGCAGACAUACACGCCGAUGUGGCGGUCCACAUAGGACUGCGUGGGAUUAACAUUACACUGAAAGGAACACCAGAGAUUCAGAGCGUGGAUAACUUAAAUGAGACUAUCAAUUACAACGAACACUUUGAUUGGAGGUGGGAGCAGGGACGAUUUGGCUUCGGAAUAUUUGCUGGAAGGUUUAAUCGUGAGUUUCGAGCCGCCCAGUUCCGUGGUUUACCCCUCCCCAUUCUCUGGAUAGCCGAGUACUUCACUUUCGACGGGGAGGGGAUACGAUGGGGGCGUCAUUAUCGACAGGCGGGCUGGUACGCUCACAUCAUGAUGUGGUUGGCCCUACCAUUAUGGUUUCUGACAGUAAUAUUGUUCUACGUCCUCCUGCGGUACGGGGCUUGCAUGUUGAUGCUAACGGGGGCUGUAAUGGUAUCAGCCAACAUAAUCUGGGCGUCGGUACGAAACUUCAAUGAAUUGAUGAUCCCUUUCACCGACACCAAGAUAUUAGUUUUUACAUAUGGCGGUUCAUUUUGGCUCAAUCUCAUUGUUGGAAUUAUCUGUAUCAUCCUUGGACUCAUCAUCUACGUCAUGGAUCUGCGAUACCCGACCGUCAUAUCGUCGUUCUUCGGUGUCGAUGUGCUCCAGGACCUUGACGAAGUCCAGGAGGAAGAAAUUAAUACACAGAAGAGCGACAAAGGCAGUAUGGAAAUGGAUGAGAUGCCGGGACCGUCUGCGAAUGGCCAUCGCGCCGCCGCGCCUGUUCCUGCCGAGGACGACGAUGAUGAAGACGAUGAUGAGAUAUAUGAACCUCCGAUGUUCCACGUACAGCAGCAGGAGCAGAGGCAAGACGACCACUACCAGAAACGGAAGUCGCGGAACCUGACCAAACGAUGGCAGGCUCCGCGCCGGAGGCCGCCGCCUCCAAUUCCUGGAGAGGAGUCUCCGGAUGAGAUCUACGAGAAUGCCGCUUUUAAUCGGGUAUAAGACAACGUUAUGAUAUUAAAGCACACCGGACUCCUUUGUGUGUUUACGGACAACUGGCAACCAAUGUGAAGAAGUAUACUAUCUGACGGAGGACACGCUGUGAUAGGAACCUCUAUUGUAUACUACACAGAUAAUUUACGUUAAAUGUGCGGUUCGAUGGACAGCCGUUUUAUUCAUCGCCCCUAAACGAUAAAACAGGAAGUACUAGUUGCCCAAACAUGGAGUGGCAUAAUCUUCAUUAAAAACAAUCAUGGCGAUCGAGAAGCCCGUAUAUAGUGUUUAUGUAUAGAUGACGUCAUAAUAUCUGUCAUCGUUCCCCUAGACGUAGAUUGCACAUUCAUUUUUUUUUACCUUAAAUAUCCUGUACAAGUAGUAUUAAAACUUGCCCUCAUUACAGUGCCAUAUACAUGUGUGUAUGAUCAUAAAAUGAAUGUUUAUAUGUGACACGUGAAGUACUUUGGGAUAUUUUGGAUAUGGUACUAUUUUGGUUUAUUUCGCGUUUGGAGUAAAUGAGCCACAAUUUAACACACACAAAUUCCACGAUGCCAAAUUAUAUCGUUGCUACAUCCGGAUAUCGAUAAACUGUCUUCCAAUUCACUCAUGAUGUUUAAGCUGCUUACUUCCUUGGGCUAUAUCUUUUAUGUAACAGAAACUUCGAAUUGCUUAUUGUUCGGACAGGUAGCACUUCAAUAAAGGCAUGUUUUCAUCUGAAAGUGUCAUAACUGUCAGCGUUUUCAUAUCAAUUGUUGUAUUACAUGUGUUCAAAAAGCUAAAAUUUGACGCACAAUAACCUAUCGCAAAGUACGGUGUCUGUAAUAUAUUACCAUUGUUCCUUGAAAAUCUGUUUCUCUAUUCAGCUAUGUAUAUUUUAGUAAAGUGUACUUAUUCUUAAUUGUCAUUUACUAUUUUCUGUAUUUUCUUCCGUUUUCGACAUUCUCAAAUCUUACUAAAACUAUUUAACUAACUUUGUUAAAUGUUGUUAUAUCAACCUUGUUGUUAACUAGCUCAAUUUAGAUAAUAAAAUGACUUUUUUGUAAGAAUUUGCAUGUUGAAAUUAUUGACAUAAGUUUGCAAAUCAAGGUCAAAACAUCCCCUGUAAAGAUAUGUCCGGGAAGGCAAAGUAACAAUAAAAGGUUAAGAACAACAGUGUUUCCGUGAUACUGGGUUAGUGUUUAGAAAAAGGACAAUGAUAUCAAAUACUGCAAUGGUCCUUAUAGGUCCAGAGUUGGUGUUAAAAUGUUGAUAUUACAUACAGAUCAUAAGACAUGGUUCCUCUAUAAAUCGUCGAAUACUUUCUUUCAUAUCAAACAAAUUUAAUUAAUGGAUUAUAUAAAACUUUGAUACAUAGAUAUUGUGUACAAUAAAGUAAGUCUGUAUGCAGAACUAGAUUAAAGGAAAUAGGAAAUAAAUUCGUUUCGUCACUAGGCGUUUCUUUUCUGCAGGGAUUUCUCUGGAAACAAAAUGAUAAGACGUCAUCAAUUUAUCUUCAUUCAUCAUGAUAUAUAUAUUUCUUUCUGAAUUAAACAAUGUCAACCCUAGGACAUCAUGCAUUAAAAUAGGUAGCGCUCGGACUAGGGUGAACACGUACGCCUUUGUGUGAACAUGGGACCCGAGUAUCGGAGAUAUGCAGAGUUAUUCCCCUUGAAUAACUGGGAUUUAAAUUAUAUAUUAUAAUUGUCUUAUUAUUUCGCUGCACACUAUCGACAUCGGUGUUGCCUCUAAAAGAAGAAAAAGCUAAGACAAACACAAAAUCACGCGCUAAUUAGCCUACAUCUGUUGCUAUUUCAAACUAAAAUUGUCAUUUUGUCUAAUUGUAUUUUUUCCUCGAAAUAAUGAUAAUAGAUGCAGUUUUGAAAGGGACUAAUGAGGUACUAUUACAUGUAGUUCAAAUUCGAGAGAAGAUAACAUGGUUUCUAAAACUCCAUAUCCCUUAAUUGGCGCACGUCAACCAGAAAUGAGACAAAACGACGAUUUAAAGUCGUUAUUUUGCUGUGUAACAACAAAAAUCAGAAAAUAAAAUAUAACACAAAAAAA